AUGUCAUGCAUCUUGCUAUUACAGCCACGACAUGAAGUUUACAACGGUAAAAAGGCUUUGCGUGUGGUCCUCUAUGUUGCAGAAGAUAAAAUCGAUUGGUAUAACGAAAACGGUUUGCACGCACUCGUAUUGGACGCUCUUUAUCCUGUUGUCAUAAAUAAUUUGAUUGUUGACGGAGGUGCUGACUUGAACAAAAAGAAUAAAGACGAACGAGAUCAUCGAGUGAUUCAAAUGGAAGGGUUCCGUAUUUUGUAUAGAUUUACGCAGCGAAAUUCGCAGCAAACAUUAAUUGAAACGGAAAAAGAGUUUGGAUUUGAUGGAUUAUCAGAAGGAGACGAAAAACCUGUUGUAAAGACAACUUAUAAACCAUUGUUUAUAUAUCCACAUCAAUUGUUAAUUUCCGUGGAUGACGAGUUAUUUAUGAACAGUACAAAAUUAUUGGAUUCCUAUUUUGAAAUACUUUGA